AUGACAAACCAAAACAAUAUUUUAACUGAAGAGGAAAUAAAAGAACACUUAGAAGAUAAAGAAUUUAGAAAAAAGCAAGAGAGGAAUGAAUUGCUUGAAAUAAAUAAGCAAUUAGAAGAAGAACAAAAAGUCUGGGAAGAAGCAUUAGAAUUAGAGGAAGACAUUUCUAAAUGCCAUUUAGAUGCUCUUGAAGUAGCUAGACAAUGGAGAGUAAGGCAAAGCAAAGAAAAAGAUGACAACUUAGAAAAGGCUUCAAGAAAAAUAGAGGUGCUGGAAAAUGUUAUGGCAUGA